AUGUCCUCCCCACUGCAGCGAGCCAUGCGAGGUGGACAGAGGAGCCUGUCUGCCUCCAGUUUGUAUGUCAAUGUGCCCUGGGAUGACAGGGACUCGGACCAGACUUCAGAGGGGGAUAGUGAUUCUUUGUCAGCUGAUGAAGGCAGUGACUUUGAAGACAGCAUGAGACGCAAUAUGAAGAAGAGAGCAGCAAAACGACCACUCAAAACAACCCCUGUGGCAAAACAUCCUAAGAAGGGGUCUCAAAUGAUACGUGGUCAUAGCCAGAAAGAAUCAGAGCCACCACCCAGUGAUCUCUUUGAUGCUGUGAAAGGUGCCAAAAGUGACAUGCAGUCUUUGGUGGAUGAGUGGCUGGAGAGCUACAAGCAAAACCAGGAUUCAGGAUUCCUGGAUCUCAUUAACUUUUUUAUCCGAUCUUGUGGCUGUAAAGGCACUGUGACCCUUGAGAUGUUCAAGAAGAUGUCCAACUCGGAGAUCAUCCGGCACCUAACAGAACAGUUUAAUGAGGACUCAGGAGACUAUCCUCUGACAGCUCCAGGACCGUCCUGGAAGAAGUUCCAGGGUAGUUUCUGUGAAUUUGUGAGAACAUUGGUCUAUCAGUGCCAAUAUAGCCUGCUUUAUGAUGGCUUCCCUAUGGAUAACCUCAUCUCCCUGCUCACUGGCCUGUCAGACUCCCAAGUCCGCGCCUUUCGUCACACUAGUACCCUAGCUGCCAUGAAGCUAAUGACCUCUCUGGUAAGAGUAGCCCUCCAACUGAGUUUGCACAAAGACAAUAGUCAGCGUCAGUAUGAGGCUGAACGAAAUAAGAGUCCAGCACAGAGAGCACCUGAGCGGCUGGAGAGCCUGUGGGAGAAACGCAAAGAGCUCCAAGAGCACCAAGAGGAGAUUGAAGGGAUGAUGAAUGCCCUCUUCAGAGGUGUCUUUGUACAUCGGUACAGGGAUGUCCUUCCUGAGAUUCGUGCUAUCUGUAUCGAGGAGCUCGGGUCUUGGAUGCAAAGCUACAGUAGCUCUUUCCUCACUGAUAGCUAUUUAAAAUAUAUUGGCUGGACCCUGCAUGAUAAGCAUCGAGAGGUUCGUCUGAAAUGCCUGAAGGCUCUGAAAGAGUUGUACAGCAACCGGGACUUGACUUCACGCCUAGAGCUCUUCACCAGCCGCUUCAAGGACCGAAUGGUAUCCAUGGUCAUGGACCGAGAGUACGAUGUGGCAGUGGAGGCUGUCAGAUUGCUAAUACUUAUCCUUAAGAACAUGGAAGGGGUGCUGACAGAUGCAGACUGUGAGAGCAUCUACCCUGUUGUGUACGCCUCUAACCGAGCCCUGGCCUGUGCUGCGGGGGAGUUUCUGUAUUGGAAGCUCUUCUACCCUGAAUAUGAGACAAGAACAGUGAGUGGGAGAGAGCGGCGCCGAAGUCCACACGCCCAGAGGACCUUCUUCCACCUCCUGCUGUCCUUCUUUGUGGAGAGUGAGCUCCAUGACCAUGCUGCUUACUUAGUAGACAGCCUGUGGGACUGUGCAGGGUCUCAGCUGAAGGACUGGGAGAGUCUGACAAGCUUGCUGCUGGAGAAGAACCAGAAUCUGGGCGAUGUGCAGGAGAGCACGCUGAUAGAAAUCCUUGUGUCCAGUGUUCGACAAGCUUCAGAGGGUCACCCGCCUGUGGGACGGGUCACUGGGAGGAAGGGCUUAACCCCUAAAGAACGUAAGAUUCAAGCGGAUGACAAGGUGAAGCUGACUGAGCACCUCAUUCCCCUGUUACCUCAGCUCCUGGCCAAGUUCUCAGCUGAUGCAGAGAAGGUUGCUCCCCUGCUCCAGCUUCUUAACUACUUUGACGUCAACAUCUAUUGCACCAGGCGCUUAGAGAAGCACCUGGAGCUGUUUUUACAGCAACUUCAGGAGGUCGUGGUGAAGCACGCAGACCCAGCAGUGCUUGAGGCUGGAGCUCAUGCCCUCUAUCUGCUCUGUAAUCCUGAGUUCACAUUCUUUGGCCGAGUGGACUUUGCCCGCAGCCAACUAGUGGAUCUACUCACUGACCGUUUCCAGCAAGAACUUGAAGAGCUGCUGCAGUCGUCCUUCCUAGAUGAGGAUGAGGUGUACAGUCUGGCAGCCACUAUGAAGCGCCUCUCUGCCUUCUACAAUGCUCAUGACCUAACUCGAUGGGAGCUCUAUGAGCCAUGCUACCGACUCCUCCGGAAGGCUGUGGACACAGGAGCAGUUCCUCGCCAGGUGAUCCUGCCAGCCUUGACUCUUGUCUAUUUUUCCAUUCUCUGGACACUAACCCACCUUUCUGGAUCAGGUGCUUCCCAGAAACAGCUAUUGACUUUGAAGGGCAGGAUGGUAGCCUUCUGUGAACUCUGCCAGAGCUGCCUCUCAGAUGUGGAUCCUGAGAUCCAGGAACAGGCUUUUGUCUUAUUAAGUGAUAUACUCAUCAUCUUCAGCCCUCAGAUGAUUGUGGGGGGACGCGAUUUCCUUAGGCCCCUUGUCUUUCUUCCUGAAGCCACUCUCCAGUCUGAGCUAGCCAGCUUCCUCAUGGACCACGUCUUCAUCCAGCCUGGAGAAAUGGUCAAGGGUCAUUCCCAGGAGGAUCAUUUACAGAUAGAGCAACUGCAUCAGCGGCGCCGCCUCCUGGCUGGGUUCUGCAAGCUGUUGCUUUUUGGGGUGUUGGAAAUGGAUGCAGCCUCAGAUGUUUUCAAACACUAUAACAAGUUUUACAGUGACUAUGGUGACAUUAUCAAGGAAACAUUAACUAGAGCAAGGCAGAUGGACCGAAGUCAUUGUUCCCGAAUCCUGCUGCUGAGCCUGAAGCAGUUGUACACAGAACUGCUGCAGGAGCAUGGGCCCCAGGGCCUGAAUGAGCUUCCAGCCUUCAUUGAGAUGAGGGACCUAGCACGGAGGUUUGCCUUGAGCUUUGGACCCCAGCAGCUACAGAACCGUGACCUUGUGGUCAUGCUACACAAGGAAGGCAUCAAGUUUUCCUUGUCUGAGCUUCCUCCAGCUGGCUCCUCCGGUCAGCCUCCAAAUCUGGCAAGGCUCCUUUCAGAGUUUUCCCCCCGACUUGUUCAUCAGGACAAGCAGCUACUACUGUCCUACCUGGAAAAGUGUCUGCAGCGUGUCUCCCAGGCACCCAGCCACCACUGGGGUUCAGUCACCACUUACUGCCACUCCCUCAGCCCUGUAGAGAACACAACAGAGGGCAGCCCUCAGGGCUACCCCCACUCCAAGAAGAGGCGCAUUGAAGGCUCCUCCAGGCAGCACAGAGAGGACAUCUCUUCCUCCCAGGAGGAAAGCCUACAGCUGAACAGCAUCCCACCCACACCCACCCUCACCUCCACAGCUGUGAAGAAUAGGCAGCCCUUGGAGGGGCUGGAGGAGAUGGAAGAAGAAGGCAGCUCAGAAUCAGAGUUUACCCAACGCCAACUCCUUUCAGGCACCCAGAGGUCAAGGUUCUUGAGUCCACGGCAUUCCCAGGCUCCAUUCAACCCUUCAGGUCCUGGUCUGGGUAACCAACUGACUCGACUCAGCCUUAUGGAAGAGGACGAAGACAGAGGAGAGGUAGAAACUCAGUAUGAGUCAGGUGAAGAAUGGCAAGAUCUAGACAAGGUGAGUGGACCCAGCCACUCUUCCCCCCAUGAGCCUGGGCUGGACCUCUUAGAUUCUACAGAGCUGAACAUUGAGGAUUUCUGACAUGACUCUGCGCCCCUCUCCAUCUCCACCCGACACCUCAACAAUGUAACCACUUGGAAAAGGCAAACAGGAAAAGGAAGCAAAAGGAAUCAUUACUUCCAGGCCCUGCCCCUGGUCUCUGAGGGAAAGAAGAGAUGGGCUUUGCCUUUCUAACCUAUGCUUUCCCUGAUGUUGUUGUCAUAGAGAAGCCUUAAGUCCCAUCCUUCCUAAUGCGCCAUGGCUCUGUCCCUCUAUGUUUGAGCAGAGUGCCUAUUCCCUACUGUGUUUAGAGGGGUGGGGGCUUCACCUCAGUGAAGGUAUUUGAGUUGAAUGGAGAGAGCCUAACAGUUUUCCUAUAUUUUUGGAACAUCUUUCCCAGCCUCUUUUGUGCCUGAUUAUUAGCUCAA